AUGCCUGGUGAUGGUAGUGAAAAGGAACAACAGCAGAACAGAAAUGUCAGCACACUCAAACAUGAGUCCAGUGGUAGUCCAGAGCGACCUUCGUAUUCGCCGGUAACUCCAACACUCUCUCAAGCCAGUCUCCCACCCCAAGAUGGCCACCAGAUAGACUUGCCACAGUGGAUGGACGAAGAGCCCGUCUCCUUACCUGUCAGUUUGGAUGACAAUUCCGAUGCCAUAGCGCUGAGAGCAGCUUUGUCAAUCUUGCAGAUCCAGCGUCAACGUGCGUUGCAAGAUAUGCGAGACCUCGACAAGAUGAAAAAGGCGGCACUGGAGAAUCCCGAGCAAUUCGUCAAGGAUCUUGAGGAUGGAAAAUUGACUCACUCUUCAAAAGGCGGUGUAGCAGUCGAUGAUCUGGAAGACUCAAUAGAUGAAAGCAGUGGAGGUCAUGCAUCCAACUUUGGCGCAUUCCCAAGCGCGCAGGACGUGACCCGGUGUCCGCCUGUGGAAUGGGCAAAGUAUCAUGUUGUUGGAGAGCCCCUUGAUCGGAUGCACGAAGUACAACAACAUUAUCCGGGUUAUGCCGAUCACCACCAUGAUGGUCCAGAUAUACCACAGCCUCACGUAAUUGCUGCUCCUUACCGGCCGUUCGUUGAUAAAUUGGAUCGGACGCGGACGACGAAGAAAUCUUGA